CAUUAGUUUGUUUCUCACUACCGUCGGUCGAAGGUCAGUGGAUGUACGUCCGCAGUAGUAGAUGUGUGUUCUGGUGUACUUUCGUGAUAAUUGUUGCUCCUGUGGUGUCUGUCGCCUUUGAGUACUUGCUAAACCGCCGAUGACGACCGUUUCCGUCAGCCAUCGUUCAUCAGCGUUAUUUGCGCGCUACAAAAUCGCUGUUGCAUUGUGCACCGCCGUCGCGCCGUGUUAGAUCAAUACACAACAGCAGCGGUCUACACCGCCGCCAUCUCCGGGACCUUGUUCUCAGGUUCCAUUAAUCACGAUCGCUUUCGUCCUCCGUUCCGGACCACGAAAUAGUCUUAGACUAGAGAUAGUUUAUUGGUUCAGCAUCUGAAUGUUUCUUAGCUUAAUGGAACAAAAAGAAGUCCAAGAUUUACAUCCUAUAGUACUAUAUGUAAAUGGAUAGCUUUAAAAUCAUAUAGCAGUUGCUUAUAUAAUUAACAUGGACAAUAUUAAUAAUUGUUUUGAUCCGUCAUUUUCUCAUUUAGAAAUAGACCAAGAUCAUGAGUGUCUUAAACAGUUUUUAUUGGAUCAAGAUAAGAGUGUAUCUCAUCCACCAUUGCAUCAAUCUAGGUAUGAUUCCCUGUCAUAUAAUAUGUUGCAUCCCAAUAAUAAUAUGAUGCAAGAUUCAUUUCGUAAUCGCCUAGAAUCAAGUCAAUUACAUGGCCAAAAUUAUAGCAAUGAGAACUCAACUUUUAUGGGAGACUCUUAUGGUGGAUAUACUGUCUUAACGCCUAAUCCUUCUCCUAUGGCUUUCAAUUAUAACCCUCAAACAUUAGGCUCAAAUUUUAAUCAGAUGGAUACUUCUAGUUCAUCAUCCCUUCAACUACCUGGAUUUGAUCCUUGCCCUCUACCAAAUCAAGUAGAAAAUCUUUUUACAUCUACAGCUACUACAGGGCCAUCAACUAUGUUAGAUUUCACUAAUAGACAAGUGAGAAAUGAUCAGUAUUCUCCAGGAAUUUCUCCGACUAUUGCUAGUUUUCCUACUCCUGUUAGUAUUUCUGACAGUCCAAGUGCAGGAGUAUUAGCUGCAUCGCCAAUGUGCAAUGGAGAAAGUUCUAGCUUAAGUGAUAGUGUUAUAAGUCCUGCUACUACUCAAAGAACAGGUAGUGAACGAUCAAUUGAAACAAAUCCUCGAUCAAUAGAAAGUUUGUCUAGUGAUCUUUAUUCACCAAGAGUUGAUUUAGAAUCCUUAAUAAUUCAACCUCAAGUUAUUUCCCCUGUUAUUAAUGGUGAGUCUACAAGGGCUACUACUGUUUCGCCUGUAGCACCUACAUCUAAACUUCCAAUUGUUAUUCCUAAUGGUGUAACACUUACUAAAUCAGGAAAACCACGUAAAAGAAGGUCAGCCCCCAAAGAAAAAAUUUUAAAGCCCAAAAAACAGCCUGCUGGCACAAUUUACCAUAGUGAGAUAGCUCCAGCUGAAAAUGGUGGUAUAAAAUUAAAAAUAUCUUUAACAUCAAUGCCACAAAAGAAAAAAAGAAAAAGCAGAAAAAAAUCUGAUGAAAACAAAAGUAUGCACCCAGAUGAACCAAUUACACAAAGUCCUUGGGGUGAUCAGUUGCCUAAUGAAAUUCUGUAUAAAGUAUUUCAACUGGUAACUUCGACUGAAGGAUGCAUUCCAUUUCUUGCCAGGGUAUCUCGGGUAUGUAAACAAUGGCGUGCUGUAGCUUCUGACCCAUUACUUUGGACUAAUAUUGACUUAGCUGGACGUUGGAUUUCAAAAAAUCCUAUUAGAAAUGAUAUUAAUUUUAGGUGGCUGUGUGAAAAUCGGCUAGCAAAUGUUGAAGAACUUAACUUAGGUGGUUGGCAAUUUACUGGCAUUCCUGUUAUUUUGGAUAAAAUAAGUACUUCUUGUUUGAAACUUAAAAGUUUGAGUUUAACUGGUUGGGAAGGAUUAACUAUGGAUAAUGUUCGUUUUCUUGUCACAAAUUUUCAUAACCUCGAACGGAUAGAUUUAUCUGGAAUAAAUGCUCAACAUAGCUGUGGUAAAAGUGGAGUAUGUUUAAACUCCUUAUUGUUCUUGACACAAUACAUGGGUUCAAGGUUAACACAUUUAAAUUUAGCAGAUAAUAGACUUUCAGGGAUCGGACAAAUUGUUAAUUCACUAGCUACAUAUUGUCCAAAUCUUCAAUCUCUGGACCUUACUAAUGUACGAAUGGUUGGAAAUACGGGUCAUCUUCAUAUUGAACAAUUGCAAGAAGGUUGUCCUAAGCUGCGUGUAUUGCGAAUGGCUACUAGUCAACUAUGCCUUAGUGCUACAUCUUUAAAAGAACAAGGGUUAUCAUCUGGUUUUCCAUUAUUGGAAGAACUUAGUGUAGCUACAAUUUCAAAUGAUUUAAAUGCCUCUGGGCAACCAUUUAUUGAUGAUCAUGCUCUUGAAAGAAUAUUAAAAACUUCCCAUAAAUUAUGCCUUCUUGAUGUCAGAGGAUGUUCUAGAGUUACUGAGUACUUAGUUAGAGUACCAGCUUGGGAUUUAACUCACCUUUACUUAUCAGGUUGUUGUGUGACACGAAUAAAUGAUUCUGGUCUUGAUUUGAUAUGCAAAAAGUGGAGUCACAGUCUUAUGGAGAUAGAUCUUUCUUGGUCUACUAACACCACCACUCUAGAUGCAGCUGUCAUGGCAUUAGCAGAACAAGGAAAAAGUUCUUUGCUCAGGAAAAUGGAUCUCACUGGUUCGUCAAUAAGCUUAGAACCAGUUAAAGCAAUUCUUAAUAGUUGUCCUUUGCUAAAUUCAUUAAAUUUAGCGUCAUGUCGAGGACUACCAAGAGGCAUUAAAAGACUUUAUAAAGGUCAUGCUUUAGCUGAAUUACGUAUUCAAUUAAAUGAUAAACAUGAUUCAUCUCAAGAAUCAGAAGGCGGCUAGAGUUAUAUAUUAAGUAAGGUACCUUCCAUUUCUUUUUUCAUUUUUUACUUGUUUUUUUUCUUUUAAUUUUAAAAGAAACAUUACUUUUUUAACAGUAUGUUAUAGAUAGAAAUUAUGAUAUUGUUGUCUAAUGUGAUAGUUAAAGUAUAAAUAUAUUAUUUAAAUAUUGUUCCACAUGAAAAGAAUUUGAGCAAUAGUACAAAUUUUAUUAAAAUUAAAUAUAAAAAAAAUAGUAAUUUCUGUGGCAUCUCUUUUUUUUUUUUUUUGUCAUUAAUAAUAAUAGUAAUUUACUUUUUUAUGUUGUUCACUAUAUACUAUGUAAUAUGAAACACAUGGAGUCUUAAAAAUAAUAAUGAUACUUUUUUGUAUUGAAGAGAUAUGGCUUAGAUUAUAUUUAAAUCAGGAUUUAGUAUAUUUACUUUGUAAAUAAAAUAAUUUGAAAGUUAUUAAUUCUUACUUCAAUUUUUAUUUAAAAAUAUAUUAUUUCAUAAAUAACUUAAGAACUACAAUAACAAUACUCAUUAUUAGAAACCAACACAAUUAUUAUGGAGCCUGUGGAUAAAAUAAUCAAUUUUAUAUUUUACUUUUACUUGUUCAUUGUAAAAUAUUUUGAUAAGUUCAUUAUUAAAAAUUAAGUUAUAUUCUUUUAUUAAUACAAACAAAACACUUGAUUUUUAAAUCCAAAUUUUUUUAAGACCUUAAUAAUUUUGACUUGUUUUUACAAUUGCUCAAAUCAUUCCUAAAAUUAAAACAUGCAAUUUUAUUUAUUAAAAAUAUUCAUUCUGAAAAAUACUGGAUUUUAUUAUCAUUUUGUAAACAAAUUGUUAUUUUUAAAUUAAUCACUGUCAUCUAAUUUUAUAUGCACAUGAUCCCAAAAUCUAGUUUAUUUGUUAUAAUUUAAGUUAGAACUAAGUUAUUAUAAAUAAUUUACAUAUUUUUACUUUGUUAAUAUGAAAUAAAAAAAUGUUGUGAUUCAUUAUUGAUUUUUUUUUUUUUUUGUGUUAUUUGUAAUUAAAUUAAAUUUUUCUUCCUUAAAUUUUUUUAAUCUUUGCUGAUUAUAAUUUAAAAUAUAUGUUAUUGGUUAUAGAUCUGAAAACUAAUAUUUUUUGUAAAAAUAGUUUAUAAAUUUUAUCAUUUAAAUUUUAAAACAUAAUUGACACAACAUAAAACAAUUUACAUAUUCCUUUUUUCUUUCAAAAAGUAUUAAUUAAAACUAACAACAUUGUUACAAGUAUACAGUGUAAACAAAGCUAAAUUUACUAACUUAGAUUUGUAAAUAUAGUGAUACUUUCUUUUAUACAUAUUUUACUGUUCUAGUAGAUUAUGUUUAAAAAAAUUGCUUUUAUUAAAAUAUUAUUUUCAAUUAUUGUGCACACAGUAAAAUGAAAUACCAUGUACAUAAUUAUAUUUUAUAAAUUAUAGUCCUACUCUUCUUAAUAAUUUUUCACAUAAUUUAUUUAAAAUACAAUAUUCUAACCAAUAACCAGGUGAUAGUCUUAAUAAUUGCAAAUUAAAAUCUAUAUAUAUAUAUAUAUAUAUUAUAUGAAUAAUAAUUUUGAUACCUAGCCGUUUUAUAAUAUUUUUAUGGACAUACAGUGUUUUUAUAAAUAUUUUUUUUUACUAAUUAAUAUGCCUAAAUCCCUUGAUUAAAAUUUCUUUUGUUAAAAAUAUAAAAAUUAAACAAUUUUUAAACUCUACUACAAAAAUUUACAUCGAAUUUGAAAGUCAUUAUUGUAUUAUUUUUAAAAAAUGUUUAAGAUUUGUAUAUCUAUGUAAUUAUUCUUCAAAACACUGUCUUUCAAAUAAUUUUAAUGUAUAUUUUUAAUUUUUAAAGUUAAAUUGUUUUGUUUUAAAUCAAUGGGAUUUUUGAGUAAUACAACUAUUGUAAUCAUUAUUCUGUUUAUUGGGGCCAAAUUUUUUUAUUAUCUUCUAAAACAUAAAAACCUCUUAGAAAAAGUUUUGCUUGAUUCUCAUUUAUUUUCAAUAUAUCACUUAAUUUGUAUAAAUCAAAUGUUUUUGUUUGUUUGUUAAGAUAGUUGAAUUAUGUUGUUUUUUAUUAUUUUUUUAUUUUAACUUUUUAUAUAUUGAAUAUAUGUAGUUUAAAUCAUUAUUGUAAAUAACAAAAAAAAAGUUUAAUAUAGAUUAAUAUAUUUUGUCCAUAAAAUGUAAAUUACUUAUUGUUGAGACUGUAAAAAACUAUGUAAAUGUAUUGUUUAUGUAUCAUAUAUAUAUAUAUUUUUUUUUUAUUAUUUAUAAAUAUACACAUACAAGGAUUAUAAAAAUUUUUAUUGAAAUGUAUUGGUUUUCAUACAAUUUUUAUCACAACUGAUCAUAUUUUAAAUUCUAGUAAUUAAAUAUGAUUGAAAAUAAUAUAAAUAUUAUUCUGUGAAUUAAAACUGAUAUUUUAAAUAUUUCAGGAAUUCUUACACAAAUAAUUAUAUAAAAAAUUAAGUUAUUUUUUGUUAUCAAAUAAUUUUGAUAUUGUUGUUGAAAACCAUUCAUUUGAAUGAACUUUUGUUGUACCGUGUGUAUUGUAUAUCAUUAGGUUAAAUAAGUCUGGGAGUAAUGUAAUGUCAAUUUUUUUAUAAAUGACAUUCAGCUUAUACACAUAAUUAAUUUGGUAAACCAAUUUUGUAUAGACAAAUAUCCAUAAUUAUAUUUUGUUUUUGCUGUC